AUGGCGUCUCGCAAUUCUCUCACCCCUCCCAACUCUCCACCGGGCUCGUUGUUGUCAGACAGUCUCGAUCACAUUGACAUUCCUUACGAUCUUGACGCACUUGCGCAGUCUCUCGUGCAGUCCAACGACGGCCAGCCAUCUCGCGAUCUUUCUUCUGCACUCUCCCCUGCAACCCCCGGUCACAUUGACAUGCCCUCAAAUUUCGACGCAGCUGCGCAGUCAGACAUUCGUCUUCCCCCUGUCAUUCUUCCUGCGAUCCUUGAUCACAUUGACAUUCCUUACGACAUUGACCCAUCUUCUCCAUCUGAAAGCGAAGAGCCAUCUCACAAUCCUCCUUCUGCCGCCCUUCCUGCGAUCACUGAUCACAUUGACAUCCCUCGAAACCUCGAGAUAGCUGCGCAAACAGACAGCGCUCAGAGAUCUGGCCGUCAUCCUUCAACCAUCCUGCCUGCUGUCACCAAUCACGAGGAGCAGCAUCCAUUCGGGAUCCUUAACUCCAUUCACUUUCGUCUGCGCAUCGGCCGCGACAUCAGCAGUGCCAAUCCAAACGCACUGCCGCCAGCCCCUCCUGCGCGCAUUGUACAGCGCAACGACUUCAAGGGCACGCCACCAAACGGCGACCCCAACGCCCGCCUCACUGCCACCACUAUCACCACCACCACCACCACCACCUACUAUCCAUUCAAAGGUGUCACCUGGGAAGACCAAGUGUCCGAUAACCUCCUAGGCGACGCGAUGAAGCCAACCUUCCCACCUAAGCUCGAGGGCGUGGUCGAGGCGCGCCAGAAGAGCGAGGCGAAGACGACCGAGGACCUCGCCGGACUGGGAGCCGAGCUCGAGGCCGCCGUGCUCGCCAAGCGCGAGUACAACGAGAAGUUCGGUGCGUUCCGCACGCGGUGGAGCGAGGUGCAGUUCGCGCUCGCCGACAAGGCCGAGGAGAUGCGCGGCCGGGUCGACGCCGCCAAGCUGAGGCCCCUCAUCGGCGCCAUAGGCGUCAUGUUCGCGAUGGGUAAGGCCGUCGACCUUGCGGCGUUCCCGGGCUCGAGCUUCGGGGAGUUCGACGAGAGGGCCUGCAGCCCCCAGGGCUACCUCUCGUCGCUCUUCCCGGAGCUCACCCACCGUCCUCUCGCCGGUCCCGUCGACCCUUGGGCUCAGGCAAUGGAGGUGCUUGCCCCCCUCCCAUCCCUUCAGUGGGACUUCUCCCUUGGCGGAAUCAUGGCCGGGGAGAAGCGGGAGGGGCUGCGGGCCCUCUGGGCUGCUGCUGCGGCCGGCCAGUGGGAGGCGGUAGACGAGAAGACGAAGGGAGCGCUCGCGGUGGCGGAGGAGCUGCUCAGGCGUGCUUAG